AUGUCACAAUCACCAGAACCAUCUAAGAUUCAAAAGGAUAAAUAUCUAGAAGAUGAUAAUUUAUCAUCGACAUUUGCAUCAAGUAAUCAAAGUUACAACAAUACAACCUCAAAUACAAAUACACAUACAUAUAAUGCAUCACCUACAAGAAGUAAACCGAAAGAAAUAUGGACAAACUUUAAAGAUUCAUUUAAACCACCAACCACAACCACAACAACCACUCAAAUAAAUUCAUCAUCAGAUCUAGAGUCAGGAGACAAUAACAAUGAAAAACCCACCACUCAAUCACCAGCACCAUUAAAACAAUCAUUAAAAAAGAGACAAUUACAAAUGAUAGCAUUAGGUGGAUGUGUAGGUUCAGGAUUACUAGUAGCAUCAGGAUUAGCGUUGAAACAAUCAGGACCAGCUUCAGUAUUGAUUGCAUGGGUAGUUGUUUCAAGUUUUUUAUAUUGUACAAUGCAAAGUUUAGCAGAAUUAUCAAGUAAUUUCCCAGUUAGUGGAUCAUUUGCAACUUAUUCAAUUAGAUUUAUUGAUCAAUCAUGGGGAUUUGCUAUGGGUUGGAAUUAUCUGAUGUUUUGGGUUGUUGUUUUACCAUUAGAAUUAGUUGCAAGUUCAAUGACUAUAAAUUUUUGGAAUUCAAAUAUUAAUAGUGUUGUUUGGGUUGCUGUUUUUUAUGUAUUAAUUUUUGGAUUAAAUUUAUGUGGAAAUAAAGGGUUUGGAGAAACUGAAUUUAUUGCUAGUAUUGUGAAAGUUUUAGGGAUUGCUGGAUUUAAUAUUUUAGCUAUUGUUUUGAUUUGUGGUGGUGGUGAUCAAGGAUAUAUUGGUGGUAAAAAUUGGAAUCCACCUUUUGCUCAUGGUUUCAAGGGUUUUGUUGCUGUAUUAUUAACUGCUAUUUAUUCAUUAGCUGGUACUGAACUUGUGGGAUUAACUUCUGCUGAAUCUAGUGGUGAUGCACGUAAAAUAUUACCAAAAGCCAUAAAACAAGUUGUUUGGAGAAUUUUAAUUAUUUAUUUAUUAACUUUGGGAUUAUUGGGGACUUUAGUUAAUGCAAAUGAUUCUGAAUUAUUAGGUGGUGGUGGAUCAAGCGCAAGUCCAUUUGUAAUAGCUAUUAGACAAGGUGGUAUAAAGGGAUUACCUAGUGUUUUUAAUGUUGUUAUAUUAGUUGCAUUAUUAGCUAUAGCAAAUUCAGCAGUUUAUGGAUUUUCAAGAACUAUAUUGGCAUUAGCUGAACAAAAUUUAGCACCUAAAUAUUUUGCAUACGUUGAUAGGAAAGGUCGACCAUUAUUUGGUAUAUUGAUAUCAGCAAUUAUUGGAUUAUUAAGUUUUGUUUCUGCAUCAAAAUAUCAAGAAGAAGUAUUUGCUUGGUUAGUUGCAUUAUCUGGAUUAAGUACAUUAUUUACAUGGGGUUCUAUUAAUGGUGCAUUUAUUAGGUAUAGAGCUGGAUUAGCUGCUCAAGGUAAGUCAUUAGAAGAUUUAAGUUAUAAAUCAAAUACUGGUGUCAUUGGAGCUUACUAUGGAUUGAUUAUGAAUAUCGUUGUAUUAUGUUUACAAUUUUGGUUAGCUUUAUUCCCCAUUGGUAAAUCACCAUCCGCAAAGACUUUUUUCCAAACUUAUUUAGCUGCUGUUAUAGUAUUGUUGUUUUACGUUGGUCAUAAAUUAUGGACUAGAAGUUGGUGUUUUUAUAUACCUGCUUCACAAAUUGACUUAAAUAAUGGUAAAUCUGAACAUGAUAUUGAAUUGAUUAAACAGGAAAUUGCUGAAGAGAAGGAAAAAUUGAAAUCUAAACCUUGGUAUUAUAGAUUAUAUCAGUUUUGGUGUUAG